CUCUCAUCGUCACUCUCCUCGCCGUGUUGACCCAUUGCUCACCUCUCACCACCGUCUGCCAGCCACGCCUCCCCCCAAGCACGCGGGGUGGUCUCGCACAAGCUCAGGUGGGGCGCAUGCUAGGGCUGAGACUGAGGCUGAGACUGGGCAAUACGGCGACAUGGGAAUUCAUCGUAUCCAUUGGAGAGCUCAACUAGUCCACCUUGACGCAACCAUUCGCAGUGCAUUCGUCGCUCUCCUCACGCUGACAGUCGCAUGCAGACCGCGUCCGUCAAUAUCCGCCUCAUUGGUCCUUCCUAUUCCGUAUUCUCUGACCACAGCAGCCGACUCAAUUCGAAACUUUCGUCAGCACUCGUCACUCGCACGUGCCCAACAGCGUGCACUCGACUUUCACUCUGCUAUCUGUCCCAUCAUUACCAAGCAUAGUGUUGCUCCGUCACCUCACUGUCUUUCAUUCACAAACACUGCAUAUAUCCACCAAUUUACCACUUGUUUUUCCAUCCUAUUUUCCCUCUCAACCCUCUACUUCCACACUCAUGCCGUCAUCGCUACAUCUCACGGUAGCGGUUAAGGCGGCAGGGGGUUGUUCCAUCCAUCUUUCUAGGCUGCAUGCAUUCUUAUUUCCGAUCUGUUCAAACUAACCUACCAGGAAUAGAUCCGGAUACCACGGGCACCAUCAUCAUCCGGCUAAACUGAAUCAUCU